AUGGCGGUGACCGUGAACGUUGUGCGUGCUUUGAGCAUCUCCUCGACAAUAACUCGCUCGUUUAUAUCAAACCACGCCAGCAGACAUUUGAUGUCCACAACAGCAGCAAAUAAAAAUGAGAAAGAUACGACCAAUGACGAGCAGAAACAGACAGCAGACCCCAAGACUGAGGGUACUGAUAUACAGAGCAUUAUUCAGGAGAAAGACAAGCUCGCUUCACAAGUACAGAAACUGCAAGAAGAGUUGAAAGAAGCAAAGGACAAAUAUAUCAGGUCUUUAGCAGAGUCAGAAAAUCUCAGGAAGAGACUGACAAAACAGAUUGAAGAAGCCAAAAUCUUUGGUAUUCAGAGUUUUUGCAAAGAUUUGCUGGAGGUCUCGGAUAUUUUAACAACAGCUAUCAACUCAGUUCCUAAGGAUGAAUUGAAACCUUCCAACCCCCAUCUGGUUAGCUUGUAUCAGGGUCUUAAUAUGACUGAUUCUCAACUAAUAAAGGUGUUUAACAAGCAUGGUUUGGAGUCUAUAUCUCCCAGCGUAGGAGAGAAGUUUGAUCCCAACUUUCACGAGGCAUUAUUUCAAGUUCCGGUCCAGUCAGCAGAAAAAGAAGUUCCUGAUACCGUAGCUAUUGUCCAAAAGAUUGGCUACAAGCUGCACAACCGCACAUUGAGACCUGCUUUGGUGGGUGUAUUUAAAGCUUCCUAG